GAAUCAGGAUCACCCUUAUCUUCUCUAAAUACACCUCAUGUGCAGGCAGCAGUGAAGCAAGUAGAGACCCAACUCACAACAAACCUUAUGCAGAAAAUGCUGGAUGAGGCAGUUAACAAGAUGCAAAUAACAGUAGAAGCAGCUAUUGCCGAUCUAAAAGAAAGUUUUAUAGACCUAGAUGCUCGGACUUUAUACCUAGAGGGGAAGGUUAAUGAGUUCACUGUAACUUAUGCAUCGGUGGGAGACUGGCUGGAUGCAAUAGACGAUAGGAUACUCCAACAUGAAUUAAAGUUAACAGAUGUGGAGGAUAGAUCCCGGCGUAAUAAUAUUCGGAUACGCGGAUCCCUGAAGAAGUUGCAAUACAGGACUUGGAAUCAUAUAUGA